AUGUCGCUCAAAGAUUCGAACCAGCUGCAAGGGCACCCGCAUGUGAACUUGUCCAAUGCAAAAAGUCUCAAGGAUAUGGAGUCCGACAUUGCGUACCCCUCGGGUCUCAAGAUUGCGAUGUUGAUUGUAUCUAUCUUCAUUGGCAUGUUCCUCGUGUCCUUGGAUCGCCUCAUUAUCUCCACAGCUAUACCUCAGAUUACCAACGAAUUCGGUUCAGCAGAUGAUAUUGGCUGGUACGGCACGGCAUACCUUCUCACCAACUGCGCAUUCCAGCUGCUGUUUGGAAAGCUAUACCCCUCUUUCAGUAUCAAGGUCAUCUUCAUGUCGUCCAUAGUUGUCUUUGAGACCGGCUCAGCCCUUUGUGGGGCUGCACCAAACUCAAUCGCCUUCAUUCUUGGAAGAUCCAUUGCUGGCAUAGGAGCUGGUGGUAUUCUCUCUGGAGUUAUGGCCAUCAUCGUUUAUGCUGUUCCCCUCCAUAACCGGCCCAAGUAUCAAGGUUUAUUUGGCGCAGUGUUUGGUAUCGCUUCGGUGACUGGUCCCUUGAUUGGUGGCGCCUUCACCUCAAAUGUCACCUGGAGAUGGUGCUUCUAUAUCAACCUUCCUAUAGGUGCCGUGGUCCUGGUGUUUGUUUUCUUUCUACUCCAUAUUCCCGAUCGUCGCACCACCAACGUUCCUCUUAAAGAGAAGCUGCGACAGCUCAAUAUUCUGGGUAUGAUUGCCCUCAUUCCCGGUGUUGUCUGUCUCUGUCUGGUCCUGGAAUGGGGCGGCACCACAUAUUCUUGGAGCAAUGGGAGGAUUAUAGCAUUGCUUGUGCUCGCAUCUGUGCUAUUGAUUAUUUUCGUCUUGAUUCAAGUGCUGAAGCCUGACCAGGCGACUCUCCCCCCAAGAAUUCUCACCCAACGCAGCAUUGCGAGCGGUUUCUGGGUGAGCUCCUGUCAGGGUGCACAUAUGAUGAUACUCGUUUACUACCUCCCCGUUUGGUUUCAGGCCGUCAAGGGUGUCUCCGCAGUCAGUAGCGGUAUCCACCUGCUUCCAAUGGUGAUCCCCUUGGUUGUAGCAUCCAUACUCACGGGCCAACUCAUCUCCCGCAUCGGCUAUUACACGCCGUUUUUAAUACUUGGAGUCUGUCUUACAUCAAUAGGGGCCGGUCUAUUGACCACCCUGACCACCAACACAUCCGAGGGAAAAUGGAUUGGCUUUCAGAUCAUAUAUGGCUACGGGCUAGGGUCAUGCUCUCAAGCUCCGAACAUGGCUGCACAAACCGUUCUACCACGCAAGGAUGUCGCGAUCGGAGCCUCGCUCAUGUUUUUCGGCCAACAGCUCUUCGGUGCUAUCUUCACUUCCGUGGGUCAGAACAUCCUGUCCAACCAACUGUCUAAGCGUCUCUCCGACAUCCCGGGUAUCGGCAUCACUCCGCAGUUGAUCCAGAGAACGGGCGCAACGGAGAUUCUGAGCCGCAUACCCGAGCAGUACCAUGCCGUUGCUCUGAAAGACUACAACGAUUCCCUCCGCGAGUGCUUCCAAGUCGGCGUUAUCAUGGCAUGUCUCGCUGCCCUAGGUGCAUUCGGUAUGGAAUGGCGCAGUGUCAAGAAGAAUAAUCUCGCCAAGAAACCCGAAGCUGAGAGGUCUCUCGAAAAUGGAAACGAAACGGGCGUUGAUGACAAAGUGGUCAACGCCCAGACUGAGCACACUCGGCCUUCCGCUGCUGUGGAGAAUGCGGGAGGGAAAUCCGAGACCUCGGAACAGAAGACUCCCACUUUGCCAUUUGUGCAACACCGCGAGACUGGCACGAGAAUAGAAACGUCCAGUUAG